AUGGACGCGCAAAUAGCCCAGCAGACAUGGGAGCUAGAGAACAACAUAAUCCCCAUGGACACGCCUCCGAGCGUGGCGAAGUCGAAGGCGGACCCAUCGGCCGACGCCAUAUUCUACUACGACGAGGCGGCGCAGGCCAAGUUCCAGCAAGAGAAGCCCUGGACCAACGACCCCCACUACUUCAAGCGCGUCAAGAUCUCCGCCCUCGCGCUCUUGAAGAUGGUCGUGCACGCCCGUUCCGGUGGGACCAUCGAGGUCAUGGGCCUCAUGCAGGGCAAGACGGACGGUGACGCCAUUAUCGUCAUGGACGCUUUUGCUUUGCCUGUUGAGGGGACUGAGACUAGGGUUAAUGCUCAGGCAGAUGCCUAUGAGUACAUGGUGGAUUAUUCCCAGACCAACAAGCAGGCGGGGCGGUUGGAGAAUGUGGUUGGGUGGUACCAUUCUCACCCUGGUUAUGGAUGCUGGCUUUCGGGUAUUGAUGUUUCCACACAGAUGCUAAACCAGCAAUUUCAGGAGCCGUUUUUGGCUGUUGUUAUUGAUCCAACUCGGACAGUGUCAGCUGGAAAGGUUGACAUCGGUGCAUUCAGGACAUACCCAGAAGGAUAUAAGCCUCCAGAUGACCCUGUGUCCGAGUAUCAGACCAUUCCUCUGAACAAAAUUGAGGACUUUGGUGUGCACUGUAAACAGUAUUAUUCUCUGGAUAUCACUUAUUUCAAGUCUUCUCUUGACUGCCACCUCUUGGAUCUUCUUUGGAACAAGUAUUGGGUGAAUACUCUUUCUUCCUCACCUUUAUUGGGCAAUGGAGACUAUGUUGCUGGACAAAUUUCUGAUCUAGCUGAAAAACUGGAGCAAGCAGAAAAUCAUUUGUCUCAUUCUCGCUUUGGGCCAUUAAUAACUCCCCCACAAAGAAAGAAGGAGGAAGAAUCACAACUUGCCAAAAUUACUCGUGACAGUGCAAAGAUAACUGUCGAGCAGGUGCACGGUCUGAUGUCACAGGUUAUCAAGGACAUUCUUUUCAAUUCUGUACGUCAAUCCAACAAAUCUCUCACACAGCCAUCUCUCACAGAACCAUCUGACCCCGAACCGAUGGUUGAAAGUUGA